CUGCUUUUUAAAACCUGAAAAUUGGCAUCCACUCCUUUUCAGCUUAUCUCCCUCCGACCUCGAAACGUGCACUCUCUUAUGCAUUAAUAUUGUCAGUGUCUGUCCUGUUAAGAAUCUAAAACCUGCAUCUGCUCCUUUCUUUUGAGAUACUCUUGCAUAUUCUCCUGUUUUUUCCUCAUAUUUUAUUUUGUUUCCCUUUUUGGUUAUUAUAAUAUUACUAUUUUUCUUUGCUUUUUCCUCUUCUAACGUCUUACCACCUUUCUUAAUUAAAUUUUAAUCAAUUUCUUUCACGGUCUUGGCUAUUCUGUUGGCAUCAAGAACCAAAAGAUUUGGGAGUGGAAAAAAGUUUUCUUAGGAAGAAAUAGAAGAAAAAAAAUGAGGUCGAAGUGCAUGGUGAUGAUGCCGCUUACGUUACUACACUUUGCAUCGGUUUUGGUGCUUGUUUUGGGAGAGAGAAUGAUUAUGAAGGUGGAAAAUACGCAGAAAUAUGGAGGCAGUUUCCUUAGCAAAGCUAUGAACUUCUUAUGGCAAUCGGGGGAAUCAGGUUAUCAACACGUUUGGCCAGAGAUAGAAUUUGGGUGGCAAAUUAUUUUAGGUACUAUAAUAGGAUUUUUUGGAGCAGCAUUUGGAAGUGUAGGAGGUGUUGGUGGUGGCGGCAUAUUCGUUCCUAUGCUUAGCCUUGUUAUUGGCUUUGAUUCAAAAUCCUCCACAGCUAUGUCCAAAUGUAUGAUCAUGGGUGCAGCUUUGUCAACUGUUUACUAUAAUCUUAAUCUAAGGCACCCAACACUGGAUUUGCCCGUCAUCGACUAUGAUUUGGCACUGCUCAUUCAACCAAUGCUUAUGCUUGGCAUUAGCAUAGGAGUGGUCUUCAAUGUGGUAGUUGCUGAUUGGAUGGUUACCAUGCUCCUUCUAAUUCUCUUUUUAGGAACAUCUGCAAAGGCAUUCUCUAAGGGUGUUGAAACAUGGAAAAAGGAAACCAUAGAGAAACAGGAAAAUGCUAGGAAAGAAGACUCAAAUGGUUUUGGGAGUGAAGUAGAAUACAGACCAAUUCCUAAUGAAGCAGACAAUGACAGUGCGAAAGAAACGAAAAGAGGAGAGGUCAAUAUACUUGAAAAUGUGUACUGGAAGGAGUUUGGACUUCUCCUUUUUGUUUGGCUCGCAUUCCUUGGAAUCCAGAUUGCCAUGAACCAAACAACCAAAUGUUCUACAAUAUAUUGGGUAUUGAACUUCUUGCAGAUUCCAGUUUCAGUUGGGGUAGCUGGAUAUGAAGCAGUUUCCUUGUAUAAAGGAAGGAGAGCAAUUGCUUCGGUGGGAGAUCAGGGCAAAAGUUUUACUAUUCCGCAGCUAGCUCUAUACUCUUUCUUUGGAAUAUCGGCUGGAAUUGUUGGUGGCUUGCUGGGAAUAGGUGGAGGAUUCGUUAUGGGGCCUCUCUUUUUGGAGCUCGGAGUCCCACCUCAGGUUGCAAGUGCCACAGCCACCUUCGCCAUGGUCUUUUCAUCAUCUAUGUCCGUUGUAGAAUACUACCUGCUGAAACGUUUUCCAGUUCCUUAUGCCAUGUACUUUAUUGUAGUAGCUGCUAUUUCAGCCAUUGUAGGGCAGCAUAUUGUGAGAAAGUUGAUCGAUAUACUUGGGAGAGCUUCUAUUAUAAUCUUUGUUCUAGCCAUCACAAUAUUUGUCAGUGCUGUUUCACUAGGUGGAGUUGGCAUUGCAGCAAUGGUCAAAAAGAUUGAAAAUCACGAGUAUAUGGGAUUUGAUGAUCUCUGCAAGUAUAAUUCAUAGCCCACUUCGUUAACAUAUUUUGUUGUUCUUUUUAAGUUCCUAAUAAAAGAGCCAACAAAACCUAUGUCGUCAAAAUUGAAUUAUGGUAUGUUUGGAUUCAUUUGAAUGUGGAGCAAAACGUAUUUGUUUCUACUUAUUUGUUUUUAAAGUGAAACAUAAGUGUUGGGUAUUAUUCCAAACACUAACUUUCUUUGUUGA